AGUUGAUAAGUCAUUACUCAUUACUAACUCAAGGCAAUGUUGGGUUUCCAAAUUAAUCCCUUUUCUCUCCUAAAAAUAGCAAGGCCAAAAGUUUUGAUUCUACUAUGGCUAAACAUCAUAGUGCUCACACAUGCUGCACUAUCACCAUACCCAUGGUCGCCACCCAAAGACAUAGCCAACAAGUUCAGCCGUGACCCUGCAACCCUUUCACAAGUCUCAUCUGAUUUUGGCCUUAUAUUUCACAGAAACUCCUCUGCAGUUUUCACCCCAACAUCCAUUAGCGACAUCUCCAAAUUGAUAAAAUUCUCAAACUCUCUUUCAUGCCCUUUCACUAUAGCCCCGAGAGGGCAAGGCCAUGCGUCUUAUGGCCAAGCCAUGACGCGUGGCGGGGUUGUGGUGAACAUGACUGCGCUGAAUGACUAUAGAAAUGGGAGUGGGAUUGUUGUGCAUCAUGAUAAGCAGACUCCAUAUGUAGAUGUUGGGGGUGAACAGAUUUGGAUUGAUGUGCUUCGUGCAACGUUUGUACAUGGACUUACACCCUUUGCUUGGACUGAUUACUUGUAUUUAUCAAUUGGCGCAACUCUCUCAAAUGGUGGCAUCAAUGGCCGAGCCUUUCGAUUUGGUCCUCAGAUUUCCAAUGUUCAUGAAUUGGAUGUUGUUACGGGAAAAGGAGACCUUGUGACUUGUUCUGCCAAUAAAAAUUCAGAUUUAUUUUAUGCCGUUCUUGGAGGUUUGGGUCAAUUUGGCAUUAUAACCAGAGCAAGGAUACCUCUUGGGCCUGCACCCACUAGGGUGAAGUGGGUCCACAUGUUGUAUAACGAUUUUUCCACAUUUUCUAAAGAUCAAGAACAUUUAAUCACAUUCAAGGGAAGAAAUGGAAAUAAUCAAGCUGAUUUUGUAGAAGGUGUACUUAUGCUGAAUCAACCGUCACAAGACCUAUCCUUCUAUCCAGAAUCUGAUCAACCUCGUAUAAUUUCACUGGUAACCCAAUAUGACAUCAUCUACGUCAUGGAACUUGUCAAAUACUACGACGAUAACACUCAAGAUCAAGUUGACCAAGAAAUUGAAGAUUUGAUUCAUGGUUUAAAGUUCAUUCCUACGUUUAAGUUUGAUAAGAAUGCGUCGUACGAAGAGUUUCAGAACAGAAUCCGUACUAUUGAGCUUACACUCAAGCCACUAGGAUUGUGGGAUGUACCACAUCCUUGGUUAGAUCUCUAUGUUCCAGGAUCUAGAAUCAUGGAUUUCGAUGAAGGCGUGUUCAAGGGCAUAAUUCUUAAGCAAAACAUAACGGCAAGGCGUAUCCUAGUCUACGCCACGAACCAAAAGAAGUGGGAUGAUAAAACGUCAGCAAUGACACCUGAUGAAGAUUUCUAUAUCGUGUCUAUUCUGCCAUCAACUAGGUUUGAUAAUUUGGAGUUAUAUUUGGCUCAAAACCAACAAGUAUUGCAGUUUUGUGAGGAUGCUGGAAUAGGCGCCAAGCAAUAUACUCCCCACAACAAAACACAGGAAGAAUGGGUUGAAUACUAUGGCCCCAAAUGGAAAACUAUCCAACAGAGAAAACUUCAAUUUGAUCCCAACAAACUACUGGCACCUGGACAGGGGAUUUUUAACUGAAUAAAAGAAAUAAGCUGGGUUUCAAGUUCCUGUCUUUAAUUUGAUGUUUUAUUUUAUGCUAAUGUGAUGUACACAAAUAAAAAAAGCAGUUUACUUUUCUCGCUGUGUAAUUUGAGGUACACAAUGAGAAACUCUGCAUCGCAUACAUGUACUAUGUAUUUCUAUUCUGCUAUUAAAAUAAAUUUGGCUUGUGUGAGAACACAUUUUGAAGUAA